AUGGCCACAGCCUAUGAUGAAGACCACUCCAUUUCACCAUCUCAGAAUGACGAUACAGAUGAUAGGAGGAGCACCAUCCCAGCAGCUAGUGCUGAUGAGAAGCCAUUCCCGUUCUUCGGGCUGCUCUGCUACGCUGAUAAGGUGGACUGGCUCCUCAUGGCCUUGGGAACCGUCGGGUCUGCCAUCCAUGGCAUGGCAUUCCCGAUCGGAUAUCUCCUUCUCGGAAAAGCACUUGAUGCCUUCGGAACCAACAUAAAUAAUCAGGAGGCCAUGGUCCAUGCAUUGUACAAGGUGGUUCCGUAUGUGUGGUACAUGGCGGCAGCUACUUUUCCUGCUGGAAUGGUUGAGAUCUCCUGCUGGAUAUACUCGAGUGAGAGGCAGUUAGCACGCAUGCGGCUGGAAUAUCUGAGAUCAGUUCUCAAUCAAGAGGUUGGUGCCUUCGACACAGACUUGACCACUGCAAACAUCAUCACCGGGGUAACCAACCACAUGAAUGUCAUACAAGAUGCAAUUGGUGAGAAGCUUGGUCAUUUCGUCGCAAGCUUCUCCACUUUCUUUGCUGGUAUAAUAAUUGCAUUUGCCAGCUGCUGGGAAGUCGCGAUGCUCUCCUUCCUGGUUAUUCCUCUGAUCCUCGCUAUUGGAGCCACAUAUACGAAAAAGAUGAAUGUCAUAUCAUUGUCACGCAAUGCUAUUGUCUCACAAGCAACAUCUGUCGUAGAACAGACUUUGUCACAUAUCAAGACUGUCUUCUCCUUUGUCGGAGAGAACUGGGCCAUGGAAUCCUUUGUGCAGUGCACAGACAAUCAAUACAAACUAAGCAAGAAGGAGGCGGUGAUAAAGGGAAUAGGGCUGGGCUUGUUCCAAACAGUGACCUUUUGUUCAUGGGCACUGAUGGUUUGGAUUGGGGCAGUUGCAGUAAGCAACCGGGCAGCAACAGGAGGUGGCACGAUAGCUGCCAUCAUGAGCAUCCUCUUUGGCGCAAUAUAA